CCUCCUUUUGCCCUUAACUCCCAAGUCAGAUUGCAUGCUCCUUGAAUCUUGCUUCUCCUAAAAUUCCCAAUUUUUACUUGUUUCCUUUUUCCCUCCCUCUUCUACAGGCUUCCAUAGCCGCUCCCUCUCCUCUUCAUUUCUUCUUAGUCUGCCAUCAUUCUCAGACGAGUCGUCUUCAAUUCUUCCUUUUCCCUGUCUUUCAGACGUGUCGCAGACUUUGGGAAUUGAGACGAGUACUUUUAAUUCCCUUGUCUUCUGUUUCAGUUUCAGUUAUUUUCUUCUACGAACCUUUGGAUCCCCUCGAUUUGGCGAAUUAGAUCGCCGAGGAUCUGCGUCUCGGAUCAUGAGAUUCAAUUCGGAAAUCGACGGGAUAAAGCGAAUUCUGCAGCUCUGGUUGAUCCAUUGAUAAAAUUGAAAUUUAUAUCUCAGGUGUAUUGCUUCUCUUUUAGCCAGGGACUAGCCGUAUUAUAUUUUGCUUCUAUGAGCCUUUUCCAUCAUAUAGUCUGCUGCAUGAGUAGGUAAUGAAGGGUUUUCAUGAGAGGAAUGUUGCUCUAAAAUGCCCUUCUAAGAGUAGUAUUGAUAGCUCUCAUAGCUCCCCAUCCUCUGGAUCAGAGCCAGGUCCCAGUGACUGUAAGUUCUCCAAGAGUUCUGUGUGGUCAAAUUUGUUUGCAUCUGCUUUCUCAAUCUUUGACACAUACAGUGAGUCGUCGGCUUGUGAAAAGAAGGCAUUGCAUGCUAGAAACAAUGGGUGGACAGCAGCUGUGAAGAGAGUUGUCUCCGGUGGCUCAAUGAGGAGAAUUCACGAGCGUGUUUUAGGGCCAAGCAAGAUUGGAAUUUCUAGCUCAACUAGCGACAUAUGGCUUCUAGGCGUGUGCUAUAAAAUUUCACAGGUGUCGUCCUCUGGCGAUGUGGAUGCCAGCGAUGGAUUAGCGGCGUUCAAACGAGAUUUUUCGUCACGAAUACUGAUGACAUAUCGUAAAGGUUUUGAUGCUAUUGGAGACACAAAAAUUAGGAGUGACUUGGGCUGGGGUUGCAUGCUUCGAAGUAGCCAGAUGCUUGUUGCUCAGGCGUUGCUUUUUCAUCAAUUGGGGAGAUCUUGGCGAAAACCUUUUCAAAAGCCAUUUGAGCAAGCAUACAUUGAGAUCUUGCAUCAGUUUGGUGAUUCUGAGGCCACAGCUUUCUCCAUUCACAAUCUUGUUGAAGCUGGAAAACUUUAUGGGCUUGCUGCUGGGUCAUGGGUAGGGCCGUAUGCCAUGUGUCGCUCAUGGGAGUCUCUUGCUCGCUCUAAGAGGGAGGAAAAUGGCCUUGAAGACCAGUCACUUCCCAUGGCUGUUUAUGUUGUUUCUGGUGACGAAGAUGGUGAGAGAGGAGGAGCUCCAGUUGUUUGCGUUGAAGAUGCUUCUAGACAUUGUUUUGAAUUUUCACGAUGCCGAGCUGACUGGACACCUAUUCUUUUACUUGUGCCCUUGGUUCUUGGACUUGACAAAGUAAAUUCCAGGUACAUUCCAUCACUGCAAGCAACAUUCACCUUUCCUCAAUGCCUUGGCAUUUUGGGUGGGAAACCUGGUGCCUCAACUUACAUUGUUGGUGUCCAAGAAGAAAAUGUUUUUUACCUCGAUCCACAUGACGUUCAACCGGUGGUUAAUCUCAGUCAGGAUAAUCUGGAGGCUGAUACUUCAUCUUAUCAUUGCGAUAUUAUACGACACAUUCCUCUGGAUUCAAUUGAUCCAUCUUUGGCCAUCGGAUUUUUCUGCCGGGACAAAGAUGAUUUUGACAAUUUUUGUCUCCGGGCAUCGAAACUGGCUGAUGAAUCAAAUGGUGCUCCCUUAUUCACUGUUGCUCAAAAUCAUAGUUCUUUUAAGCCCAUUAGCCAUGGCAAUGCUUUGGAUGACACUAGUGAAGUUCGAGAGGAUGAUUCCUUAGGUGUGGUGCCUGACAUGGAUGGCAGCAUUCAUGAGGAUGACUGGCAGCUCCUUUGAUGGGAACUUUCUAUAUCUUUCGUUGGAUUGUUUACUCAACCCCUUGGUUCCUCCUGUUGGAAGAACCGUGGUUACAACUUGGGCGACUUUGUUUAUUAUUUAUUAUGUAGGAAUAUUAUUAUUAUUAUUUUUUUCACUAAAUUUAAUACUAUUCGACGCUGUGAAUAUAAUUGACUCCUGUCAAUUUGUAAGAUACGUGCAAUAAUCGUUCAAUUUUACGUGGUAGGUAACCAUCUGCCACUGAUUCUUCUA